UAUUUCUUGGAUCUUCCUGGGACUGGCUGGAGACUCAGGGGAAUGGUGACAUUGGCUCUGCCCAUCCUGAGUCAGAGCUCCAGCCUUCCACACAAUGCCUUCUGGAGGCAGAGGAGAAGGGCCUCAGCCUGGGGUGCACAGCCAUUGCUUGCCCCCUUAAGAGGCCUCUUCCUGCAGUGAACGCUCUAUGCUUAUUACUGAAUGCAGCAGUCCUGUUUGGCUGAGGCACAGGUCCUUCUCCCAGAUGAGGGCAGACACCCCAGGUGGAGAAGGGAGGGGAGCAGGGGCAAGGGCAGGAAUCAGGAGGUGAAGGACUCACCCCAACUGGCCUGUCCUAGAUCUAGCUGAUGAGUCCCAGGUUCCUCGAUUGAUAUGGAUGUAGAAGCAGCCUGGGAGGGAAGGGGAGUGAAUAUGGAUAUCCUGCUAGAUUGAACCAGGCCAGACAACCGCAGCAGCCUGUGUAGUGGGCUCUGUUGUGGGGGCACAGGCAGAGGGGAAGAAGGGAAGACUGGAAGCCAGGUGGCCAGCAGCGUGCUUCCCUGUGCUUCAGUUCUCCCAUCUGUUAAAUACAGAGUGCUGCUUCUCUGUCUCCAGGGAGAGCAUUAUCACUUAGCACAGGGACCACCAAAUCAAUACACCUACGUUGCGUGGGCUCCAGGCAGGAUGCCCACUGCUGAUCUAGAGACUGGGUUUCUGUUGAGAUCCUGGGUCAUAGUGCGAGCAUCUGGAUGCGUGGGAAUGACCUUAGCCCUGCCUGUGGGACACCAAGACUGCCUGGAUGGGCAAGGGGCAUAUGUCAGCCACUCGGUCUCUGGGCCUCUCCUAAAUAAGACAAGGUCAGAGCAGAAUAAACACAGCUUGCCUGUGUCGUCACUUACAAGCAGCAGACACGUCCUGUUUCUCCUCAAGCAUCACUCAGUCCUGGUUACUGAUCAACCUGCCACCGGCUUCCUCCCCUAGGCAGCCUCCCUGAUACAUACUUUUAUUGUUCUGACCAGGCCCUGGUCUCGGGAUGUGUUUGUACUUAAUCUUUACAAUCAAGGAACCAGUGUCAUCUUUCAGAAAGGGAAACUGAGCUACAGAGAACGUUGUGUUUCCAGGCCUCCUCUGAGAUCAUCGGCCCCAGUCAGCCACCUCAGUGCAAAAUGACGAUGAUUGGCCCACGAGAGGGAAAAGUCCCGAAAGCCAUAGGAGGCUGUAGGGACUCUGGCCUGUUUUGAUUUUUUUUUUUUUUUAAAGGAGCUUGUCUCGAAGUAUGAAGUCAGGAACAGACUCUCCUCUACUGAGGUCCCCAUCGAUCAGAUUAUCUCUAGUUGGGAAAGUAGAGCACGGGAAGUAGAGCACGGGACAGUGCUCCCAGUCAGGCUCCCCAGCCAGCCUCCUGCCCCUCUCCAGAGUGGCCACAACCUUAGGCAUCCCAGUUGCGUCCGUGGGGCUCCCUGCUUCCCUCUGGUGGCUGAAGCGCAAAGCGCGGACGGUAACGUAGGAAACCCACAAACACCGGACACUAAGCCCAGGAGAGCACCAAGGGCCCCGGGGACCUAAGGGGUUGGCGCUGGGGCAAAUGUCCAGCAAACCUUUUGCUAUCGACAGAUAUUUUUUUUUGGGGGGGGGGAACUAAGGCUCAAGAAAAGUGAGUGUCUGUGCACUGGUGUUGAGAGAAUGGAGAUCCCAGAGGUAAGUGAAUCAAUGGCACAGCCAGGACCUCUGCGGCCAAAAGUGGGAAGCGCCGGAUCCCACUGGCGGUAGUUUGGAUUUAGUUUUCCUUUCAGCGCACGUAGGUCUGGAGAGGAGCCUCAGGCUCCAAGGCGGAGGUCGCUGCGUCUAGGAGGAGCCGGGCGCGUCCGGGGGCGGGACGUGACGCACCUUAGCUGGGAGGUGCCUGGCCGGGCUUCGGCCAGCUGAAUAUAAGGGCGGUGUGGGGCGCGGAAAGCCUGAGCCCGCUGUCUGUACCCAAGAGCCCAGACCAGCUCCUGCAGUCCCGAAGCCAAGCUCUUCCGUCACUCCGGAGUCCUCUGCAGCCCUCUCUCUACCUUCUCUCGGCCACGCAUCCGCCCCUGGGGCCCCUCUACCCAAUGAAACUGGCCGCGAUGAUCAAGAAGAUGUGCCCAAGCGACUCUGAACUGAGUAUCCCGGCCAAGAACUGCUACAGGAUGGUCAUCCUCGGCUCAUCCAAAGUGGGCAAGACGGCCAUUGUGUCGCGCUUCCUCACGGGCCGUUUCGAGGAUGCUUACACCCCUACCAUCGAGGACUUCCACAGAAAGUUUUACUCGAUCCGCGGCGAAGUAUACCAGUUGGACAUACUGGACACGUCCGGCAAUCAUCCGUUUCCCGCCAUGCGGCGCCUCUCUAUCCUCACAGGAGACGUUUUCAUUCUGGUGUUCAGCUUAGACAACCGCGACUCAUUCGAAGAGGUGCAAAGGCUCAAACAGCAAAUCCUAGACACCAAGUCCUGUCUCAAGAACAAAACCAAAGAGAAUGUGGACGUGCCGCUGGUCAUUUGCGGUAACAAAGGGGACCGGGACUUCUACCGGGAAGUAGAGCAGCGGGAGAUUGAGCAGCUGGUGGGUGACGACCCUAAGCGUUGUGCCUACUUCGAGAUCUCAGCCAAGAAGAACAGCAGCUUGGACCAGAUGUUCCGUGCGCUCUUUGCCAUGGCCAAGCUGCCUAGCGAGAUGAGCCCCGACUUGCACCGCAAGGUAUCUGUGCAGUACUGCGACGUACUGCACAAGAAGGCUCUGAGGAACAAGAAGCUUCUGCGUGCGGGCAGUGGAGGCGGGGGCGACCACGGCGAUGCCUUUGGCAUCUUGGCGCCCUUUGCUCGCAGACCCAGCGUGCACAGCGACCUCAUGUACAUUCGUGAAAAAACCAGUGUCGGCAGCCAGGCUAAGGACAAGGAGCGCUGUGUCAUCAGUUAGGAGCCCCCCCCCCCCCAGGGUCAGCUACACAACCUGAGGACCUUUUUUGUUCAAAAGUCAAAUCGGAUUCCUGGACUAGCCUGCCCGGUCCGUGCCAUAGGAGCGCCAACUGGCCUUCUCCCUCCCUCCGAGAUCCAGCCCGGGGAGACCAAGCCAGUAAGGGACAGUCACCUGCUGUGAAAGGAAGGAGAACUAGCUAAGACAGGGGCUGUCACCUCCGGUUCUGGAAUGCCAGGACCCAGCAGAGGGGUACUUGGCAUUUUUCUCAAGAGGUUUGAGAGAAAGCGUGAAGUUCAUCAGCCUGUGAGACUUAAAGUCACUGUCCUGCUGGCUUCAGGGCCAGGACUAGUAAUAGGGCAUUACCUUGUCUGUGAUUGGUGUUGCCAUGACCGCUGUCAGCCACCUCUGUCCUCAGCAAACUGGAAACUUUGGCUGGAGGUGGGGGGUUCAAUCAUAGCCAAGUGACUUGUUUACAUGUGUGUGUGCAAUUACCCAAAAGAAAAACAAAACACAAAACUUGCACUUUAAUAGUUCCAGUGUCAAUGUGACAUGAACAAAAUCUCUACAUUUCUAUUGUGUGAGGUCUUUAUUAUUAUUUUUUAUUUAAAAUAAAAUAAUUUAAAAACGGAAAA